AUGGUCUUCAUCUGUCGUUUUAGUAAAAAGAAAGAUGGAACAACAAGAUUUUGUGUCGAUUAUCGUCGGUUAAAUCAAAUUACAACAAAAGAUGCUUUUCCCCUACCAAGAAUCGAUGAUAUUUAUGAUCAAUUAACAAAAGCAACAUAUUUUACGAAAUUUGAUUUUAAAGCUGGAUAUUUUCAAGUACCAUUAGACAAAUUAGAUCGACCAAAACAGCAUUUUCAACUCAAGAUGGACAUUUUCAAUUUAAAGUGUAAACAUGUACUCGCCUAUAUUGAUGAUAUUAUUAUUUACUCACAAAACUUUAAUGAACAUUUAAAACAUAUUGAAGAAGUAUGUUCAUUAUUACAUGAAGCAAAUUUUAAAUUAAAUGUCGAUAAAUGCGAAGUUUCAAGAACAGAAAUAUUAUUUCUUGGACAUUUAAUUAAAGCUGGUACUAUUAAACCUGAUCCAAACAACAUCCGUGGUUUGACCGAUACACAAGAACCAACAUCAGCUGAAGAAGCAUUUAGAUUCGUCAAAGCAGCAGAAUAUUAUAGAAAAUUUAUUCCAAAAUUCUCCAUCAUUGCUGCACCAUUACACCAAUAUUCUCCAGAAACAUUACAACAACAAAAGAUUAAUAAAAAAUUAAAAUUUGAAUUAUCUGUUGAAGCUAGAACAGCAUUCCACCAACUGAAGAAAACAUUAACAACCGACCUUAUUCUCGAUUUACCUGAUGAUACAUUGCCAUUUAAAUUACAAACUGAUGCUUCUGUAGAUGGAAUUGGUGCUGUUCUAUUACAAAUUACUCCCAAUGGUGAUCGACCAUUAGCAUACAUGUCCAAGAAAUUAACAAAAACACAAACUAAUUGGCCAACAAUUGAACAAGAAUAG